AAGCAUGACUGAAGCCAUGCUAAAUCUUGUUUGCACUCUACAGGGACAUUUAGACCGCGCCUGGAACGUAGCAUGGAACCCUACGGGUACCUUACUGGCAUCAUGUGGAGGUGAUAAAGCAGUGCGCAUAUGGGGCAAGGAAGGAGACAAAUGGGUGUGUAAAACAGUACUUCAGGACGGUCACCAGCGGACGAUACGGUCAGUUGCUUGGUCACCAUGUGGUAACUUCCUGGCUUCUUGCAGCUUUGAUGCCACAGUCUGUAUAUGGGACAAGCGACAGGGGGACUUUGAGUGUAUGGCCACUUUGGAAGGACAUGAGAAUGAAGUGAAGCGAGUGGCAUGGUCAGCCAGUGGUCACUUGAUGGCCACUUGUAGUCGAGACAAAAGUGUUUGGAUAUGGGAAUUUGAUGAUGAUGAAGAAUUUGAAUGUGCAAGUGUCCUGAGUGCUCACUCCCAGGAUGUGAAGUUUGUCACUUGGCAUCCACACAAGGAUAUUCUAGCCUCUGCUAGUUAUGAUGACACCAUUAAAUUUUUCAAGGAAGAAGAGGAUGACUGGACUUGCUUUGACACUUUAGAUUCCCAUGAUUCUACAGUUUGGAGCCUGAGCUUUGACAAAACAGGAGAGAGAUUGGUGUCCUGUAGUGAUGAUAAAACUGUCAAGUUUUGGCAGGAAUAUUUGCCAGACAACCCUCAAGGUGUUGCUACAUCUGGAUCAGAUCCCAAGUGGAAGUGUGUGUGCACAUUGUCAGGAUAUCACAGCAGGACCAUUUAUGAUGUCUGUUGGUGCCAUCAAACAGGUCUGGUAGCCACAGCAUGUGGGGAUGAUGCAAUACGGGUGUUUCAGGAGGAGCCAAAUUCAGAUAAACACCAGCCAAGUUUCAAUUUAGCAGUGACAGUAAACAAAGCCCACAGUCAGGAUGUGAACAGUAUUUCAUGGAAUCCAAAAAUUCCAGCACUUUUAGCAUCUUGUAGUGAUGAUGGAGAUGUUAAGAUAUGGCAAUGGGAACAAAAGUCCUGAUGUGCUGAGGAUUUUUUUAAGUGCAGAUAGUUUGGUCAUGGGAUAUUAACUGCCUUAGAUGAUGUGGCUUAAAAUUAAACCUGUGCCUAUUGUAACCUCUCUCAUAAUUAUUUGUCUUUGUUAUGUGGUUGUUACUUGACACAAAUAAAAGAACCAUUAAGUAAGUUA